AGAAGGAAGAACGGAAAUUUCGGUGGGGAAUACGCUGUCUUAGAAUACACAAGGAAUUCACUUCGCGAGCACCGAACACAGAGAAACAGAGAGAGAAAUAGAGAAAGAGAUUGAGAGAAAGAGAGAGAGAGAAUAAUUCCUAUUUUUAUUGAUCACAAAGAAGGAAUGCAGGAAUCGUGUAUUCCAGCUCUCAUACCAUACAAGACAAAAGGAAGCACAAGUUGGAUUACAGCGACUGUCAUUUAGGACAGAAAAAAGUUGCUCUUAUAAAAUCGUCGCUGUGAGAAGGAAACGAUCUUUCUGGUUCUUUUAGAACGUUAGGGGCUGUUUAUCGUGUUAACUUGUGAAGCUCGUGAUUUUUUCGUCAUAGGCACAGGUAUACUUUGUGAACACUAAAAGGAUUCCGUUACUUUAAUCCAUUUUGUUCACCGAAACAUAAACCCACAAGUUGCAGUUUCAAAAAUAUGCUUUGUGCAUUGUUUCAGUUUUAAGCAUGGGUCUGCACUGACGAUAAAUGGCUCAAAAUUCUCAAUGGGAAAAAUUCAAAACAAACUGAGAACUGUUUAACAACGUAAAAUCGGACAACGGAUUAAUCGUGCUUAUUUUCUUGGGGUUCGUCUUUUUUUCUAGCGUCACUUUAACCUUAUUAACUUUAACUCUGCACGAGCUAGGAACAUUUGAAGCGUGUAUCAGCUUGUGAGGUACACUAUCGAGGAGACAAGUAUGGUCGCAGCUGUCACGAGAAUGCAUAACUGUCAAAGCCAAACUUUACACCUUUAACUUAAUCACAAACCAAGGAGUUAAUUACAGACUUUGGAUAACUCGGAGCAACGUUUUAACUGGUUGAGAGACGCUCGGUCGCUUACCUCGCGGGUUUACUGUAAAUUGGCGACGAUGGAGAGCCAAAAGAUGAUGCCAAAAUUCAUGCAGCACUGGUUGCUCCUAAUCCUGGUCGCCCUGUCUCUACCCCUCCCGUCCCAGAUGAUGACCACAAACGCCAUGCUAUCUGAAAAUACUAUAUUAACAGUUGUGCCAAAGUCCCUGGAGACAUGUUUAUUUGACGAGACAGAAUAUCGCGUGGGUGACGUGUGGCACCCCUUUCUGAAGCCUCACGGGUACCUGCAGUGUGUUAACUGUACCUGUAAGCUGGGUGGAGAAGUAGAAUGUGAGACAGUGGACUGCCCGAAGAUGGACUGCUUUAAUGUUAUCCAGAGGCCGGGGCAAUGCUGUCCGACAUGCUUAGAUGACCUUCCUCCUGACGUCAGCAAGAAAGAGGAGCGAGAGAACGAGAGGCUGUACCAAGACUGUUCCCACCACGGUAUACAGUACCAGCACGGGGCGGUGUUUGCCUCCAAUAAGACGGCACUGAAACCGACACAAGACAACCAGUGUGUGCAGUGCACGUGCGCGGACGGGGAUGUGCUGUGCCGUUUAAAGACCUGCCUCCCUCUGCCGUGUACAAAACUCAUCUACAUCAAAGAAGACUGCUGUCCAGUAUGUGAGGACGUGAGUGAGUUGGCGGGAACCCUGGACAAGAGCUACCCGUCUAACGUCCUCAAGCAUGGCGAGACGGUCAGCAAAGUGGCACUGGGAGAGUCCAGUUACAGUAGAAACUCCGACUGUCAAUCAGGUGGGCGUGCCUACAGGAACGGUGAGUCGUGGCAUCCUGUGGUUGGUCCAUUUGGGAAAAUGAAGUGUGUGCUGUGCACGUGCGAGCGGGGUCAUGUCUCAUGCAGGCGCCCCAUUUGCGAACCCGAGGAGAAUCUAACGUGUUCCGACCCCGUGAAACCGGCGGGCGAGUGCUGUAAGCGGUGCCUCAGUGACGCAGACAACUCCACGACCAAAGAGAGCACCUACUCGUUCCAGCUCCCCACCAACAGUCCCCGUCUGUGCGCGCCCCCUGGUGUGGAGUACCUGGUUUACGAACUCUCCUCCCAGUCUGAGUAUAGGAUAAUAUUUAGAGACGAUAAAAAACAGAGAAUUGACCAGCUUAGGUGGCAGUUACAAUCAGAUUCCUUAAGUGCGUUCUACAGAGAACGCCUAAACACACAGGACUUGGAGAUGUUACUCAAAGAAAAGGAAGACAAAAAGACGUCACUUUCAGCUUUAGGCGCUUCUAUAAAUAAAUAUGUAUCACGAUUUAAACGCAGAGUGUAUAAAUAUAUGCAGCAUUGCGGGGACCUAUGUCAGCUCUCGACAAUCAAUAAACUGAAGAAAAAACUCAAGCUUCAACCGCCUGUGUACAGUGAUGACUGCUAGUUGCCAAAGUCAUCAACUAAUGUUUUCAUGAUCAGAUUGACUGUUGUACAGCAAUGUGAAACUUCACGACUCCUGUGCGUUGUGAAAGAACUGCGUUGGCGCUUGCGUGCGCCUGGAAAGUACAUGCGCAUACGCACGUGCGCACGGGGAAAUGUUCGAACGCUAAAACAUGAUGCUUUGCAUUGUGAUAUUGGGUGACCCGUGAAAGUUAUAGUGCAUCACUAAUGACAUGUAGAUAUUUCGGAUGGCAAUAUCUAUUAUAACCAAGCGCUGACAAAGCCACACCCACAGGGGGCGUGUCCUGAGUUGUUACCGCCCCCAGAGUCACGCCCCUAAGGUCAAAACAAGUGCAAUUUGUAGCAGACUGUCAAUACAUGAAAAACUGACAUUGUUUGUUACAAACGUGAGCUUCAGCCUGUCGAAACGAAUGUGAUUUUAAAGAAUGAGCGGUUAAAGACGCAGCUGCGGCAGGUACAUAGUGAACUUUGGGAACGAAGAGAACGGUGUCGUCUGCGUCAUGUCGAAGGAGGCGUUCUCUACUGAUAAUAUAACUUUUCAAUAUUUUGCACUGUAAAAUUAUCGGUGCAAAACUCUCCAUGGAUAGUGCAAACACACGUCAAACCAUUGGUAAUGGAUACUGCAGAUUUCAACCCGAAACUUCGUGGUAGCAAAAUCUACUGGCCAAAGUAAGAUUCCGGUGAAGAUGUUCAAGACACAACGCAGAUAUUUAUGCUUUUUUAAUACCAUAAAAAAACUGCAUAAGGAAAUACUAUGUAGAUUAUACACAAGUGUUUUGCAGGAUUUUAUCCAAGAUCGUCGGUACAUGGAUCAGAAGCUGGAGAGUAUUCGGCGUGUG